AUGGCGGCAGUAGAAGGUGCGUUUUCAUUUUCAGCGGCGUCAGUAGUCGAGGAUGUUCUGCAACAGCAUGGAAACGGGGCCCGAGAUCUCGAUUUGGACGCUCGAAGAGCUGAGGAAGCUGCCAUGAGAAGAUAUGAAGCUGCAGCGUGGUUGAGAAAAAAUGUAGGAGUUGUAGGCGCAAAAGACUUACCAGCUGAACCUUCUGAGGAAGAAUUUCGGCUUGGUUUGAGAAGUGGGAUUAUCCUAUGUAAUGUAGUCAACAAAAUUCAACCUGGAGCUGUACAAAAGGUUGUUGAAAGUCCCUGCGAUGCUGCUCUUAUACCUGAUGGUGCUGCAUUAUCUGCAUACCAAUACUUUGAAAACGUGAGAAAUUUUCUUGUAGCCAUACAAGAGUUAGGGAUUCCUACAUUUGAGGCCUCUGAUCUCGAACAAGGAGGUAAAUCUUCAAGGAUCGUAAAUUGUGUUUUGGCACUUAAAUCAUACAGUGAGUAUAAACAGGCAGGAGGUAAUGGGGUCUGGAAAUUUGGUGGAAAUGUGAAAACUAAUGCAUCUGGAAAACAAUUUGUUCGCAAGAAUUCUGAGCCAUUCACGAAUUCUUUGUCAAGGACUCUGUCAGCAAAUGAGAAAUCUUUGAAUGGUGUAUGCCCUGAAUUGGAAUCUAACAAAAUGUCUAGUUCUUCCUUAAGUAUGCUUGUUCGUGCAAUUUUAUUAGACAAGAAGCCUGAAGAAGUUCCAAAUCUUGUAGAGUCUGUAUUAAAUAAGGUUGUCGAGGAGUUUGAGCAACGCAUUGCCAGCCAAAUUGAAUUGAGAAAAGCAACUUCAAAUGAUUUGAAUGUUUCCCAUGGAAGCAAAUCUGUAUUGAAACCUUGUUCAUUCAACCUAAAGAUCGAUAAUAAGAAGGGCUCCCUCAUGAAGAAGGAUGAUGUAACUUGUAAGAACUACAUUCCUGAUGAAGAAUCUGAAAGAAGAUUUGUGAAGCAACAAAUGAUAGUGGGCCAACAACAAAAUGAUAUCAAGGUAUUGAAGCAAACUCUUUCUACUACAAAAGCUGGUAUGCAGUUCAUGCAAAUGAAGUUCCAUGAAGAAAUUCAUAAUAUUGGCCAACACAUUCAUGGACUUGCUCAUGCUGCUUCUGGAUACCAUAAAGUUCUUGAGGAAAACCGCAAACUCUAUAAUCAAGUCCAGGACCUAAAGGGAAACAUUAGAGUUUAUUGUCGUGUAAGACCAUUCCUUCCGGGGCAAUUGAAUUACUUCAGCAAUGUAGAUCACAUUGAAGAAGGAACUAUUACGAUAAGUACUCCAGCAAAGAAUGGAAAAGGAUGCAAAUCCUUCACUUUUAACAAAGUAUUUGGGCCUUCUGCUACACAAGAGGAGGUUUUCUCGGAUACCCAACCAUUGAUUAGAUCAGUCCUUGAUGGUUACAAUGUAUGUAUAUUUGCUUAUGGUCAGACAGGAUCAGGAAAAACUUACACUAUGACUGGACCUAAGGAUAUUAACGAGCAUACCCAAGGAGUAAAUUACAGGGCCUUAGGCGAUUUGUUCCUCCUUGCACAACAAAGAAAGGACACGUUCCGCUAUGACGUGUCUGUCCAGAUGAUCGAGAUAUAUAAUGAGCAAGUUAGAGAUCUCCUUGUUACUGAUGGCUUGAAUAAAAGAUAUCCUUUCAAUUACUAUUAUCUUACACCAUCAAAUUUUCAUUUAUAUUUGUCAUUUGUACCAGAUGCUAGCUUGGUUCACGUCUCUUCAACAUCUGAUGUAAUUGACCUUAUGAACCUCGGACAAAGGAAUCGUGCAGUGGGUGCAACUGCCCUAAAUGACCGUAGUAGUCGCUCUCAUAGUUGCUUAACUGUUCAUGUCCAAGGAAGAGACUUGACCACUGGAGCCAUUCUUCGAGGUUGCAUGCAUCUAGUUGAUCUGGCUGGAAGUGAAAGGGUUGACAAAUCUGAAGUGACAGGAGAGAGACUAAAAGAGGCACAGCACAUUAAUAAAUCUCUCUCUGCAUUGGGCGACGUGAUUGCCUCUCUUGCCCAAAAGAAUUCUCACGUACCCUAUAGAAACAGUAAACUCACACAACUGCUCCAAGAUUCACUUGGGGGACAGGCAAAGACACUUAUGUUUGUUCAUAUAAGCCCUGAGCCUGAUGCUGUAGGAGAAACAAUUAGCACACUCAAAUUUGCUGAGCGUGUUGCUACGGUUGAACUUGGUGCUGCUCGAGUAAAUAAGGAUUCGACAGAUGUUAAAGAGCUGAAAGAAGAGAUUGCCAGUCUGAAGGCUGCCUUAGCAAGGAAAGGAGAACCAGUAUCCAUGCAGCAAUCAUCUUUUCAAUCUAAUUUACUAGCUAGAAAUGUGGGCAUGCAGUCACCUAAUGGCCUCAGGAAACCAAUGGAAGAUGUAGGGAACAUAGAGGUCCACAGCAAUUCUGCACCGAGGCAAAAGAGGCAAAGCUUUGAUCUUGAUGAGCUACUCGGGAAUUCACCUCCCUGGCCGCCAGUCAGCAGUCCUUGUCAAAACUUCGGGGACGAUGACAGAGAGACUGGCUCAGGCAAGUGGGUAGACAAGGUCAUGGUGAACAAGCAAGAUACCGUCCAUGGAGUUGGAAACCCUACAGGGUUUCGGGAAGCAGGCAACAUAUCUGAUGUCUUUUAUCAGCAAUUUCUUUCCGAUUCUUCCAAGUUAUACCCCAAAAAAUCGGUUAACCUAUUUCCAUCAACAGGCUUCAGACGGUAUUCAUCGUCGUUCAGGGAGGAAAGAGACACUUUUGGUCCAAUUCACGUUCCCUCCGACAGAUUAUGGGGAGCUGAAACUCAAAGGUCCUUGCAGAACUUUGAUAUUGGAGGUCAGCGUGAAAGAAUGCCCGAACCAAUUAUAUGUGCAUUUGGGAUUCUUAAAAGGUGUGCUGCGAAGGUGAACAUGGAAUACAGCCUUGAUCCAUCCAUAGGAAAAGCAAUUAUGCAAGCUGCUCAAGAAGUUGCUGAGGGAAAACUAAAUGAUCAUUUCCCACUGGUGGUCUGGCAAACCGGUAGUGGUACUCAAAGUAACAUGAAUGCUAAUGAGGAUAUCUCCUUUUUAUAUGUUCCUUGGACAAAUUAUAGCUGGUUAUUGCAAAUAGGUCAUCACAAGCCUGGUGAAAAGUUUGUGCAUCCAAAUGACCACGUGAACAGAUCACAAUCUUCUAAUGAUACAUUUCCCACUGUAAUGCAUAUUGCAGCCGCCAUGGAAAUAAAUUCAAGAGUAGUACCAAAAUUGAAAUAUGGCUAUACCACCCAAGUAAAGUAUGGAAUUGAUCGGGUCUUGUGCACCCUUCCUCGUAUGUAUCAGCUUGCACAGGGGGGCACUGCUGUAGGGACUGGAUUGAACACAAAGAAAGGGUUUGAUAAAAAAAUUGCUGCAGCAGUAGCAGAGGAAACUAAUUUACCAUUUGUGACCGCUGAAAACAAAUUUGAAGCACUGGCUGCACAUGAUGCAUUUGUUGAAACCAGUGGUUCCUUAAAUACAAUUGCUGCUUCUCUCAUGAAAAUAGCAAACGAUAUCCGUUUCUUAGGCAGUGGCCCACGUUGUGGUCUAGGGGAACUCAUCCUUCCUGAAAAUGAACCUGGUAGCAGUAUCAUGCCGGGUAAAGUCAAUCCGACCCAGUGCGAGGCUCUUACAAUGGUCUGCGCUCAGGUUAUGGGAAAUCACAUGGCAGUUACAGUUGGUGGAUCAAAUGGCCAUUUUGAACUGAAUGAAGCUGCCUUGAAACUUGGAGUUCUCACUAGUGAAGAAUUUGAUGAGCUUGUUGUGCCGGAGAAGAUGAUUGGUCCUUCCGACUAA